AUGGGGGACAGGGAAAGGGGGAUGCUGGGAAGGGGGAUCGGGAAAGGAAACGAGGAUACAGGGUGUGCCUUCCCGUCCCCUCUGCUCUCGACGCCUCUCCUCUCGUCCCCUCUCGUCCCAUCCCCUCCUCUCUCAUCGCGUCGCCUCCUCUCUCGUCGCGUCCCCUCCUCUCUCGUCACGUCCCCUCCUCUCUCAUCGCGUCCUCUUCUAUCUCGCCACGUCCCCUCCUCUCUCGUUGCGUCCACUCCUCUCUCGUCGCAUCCCCUCCUCUCUCGUCGCGUCCCCUUCUCUCUCGUCGCGUCCCCUUCUCUCUCGCCAUGUCCCCUCCUCUCUCGUCGCAUCCCCCUCUCUCUCGCCGUGUCCCCUCCUCUCUCGCUGUGCCCCCUCCUCUCUUGUCGCGUCCCCUUCUCUCUCGUCGCAUCCCCUCCCGUCCCUUCUGGUCUCGGCGCAAAUCUUCCCGUCCGCGACGGCGACGGUGCUGGCGCUCGCCUUGCUGCCUUCCUCUCCGCUUCCGCCGAUGCCUCUCCCUCGUCGCUUCCGCCGAUGCCGCUCCACUACCGCUUCAGCCGAUGCCUCUCCCUCGUCGCUUCCGCCGAUGCCGCUUCGCUACCGCUUCAGCCGAUGCCUCUCCCUCUCCGCUUACGCCGAUGCCUCUCUCUCUCUCCGCUUCCGCCGAUUCCUCCUUCCGUCUUUUAUCGUCCUGUUUUGUGCGCGCGGAUAUGA